AUGGCAGCGACAAAUCUGGCGCGCCGACGCCAGCGGCCCACGUCGGGCAAUCUGAGGCUCCGGCGGUUGACCCAGGCGUAUCUGGCGCCGUCCGGCUACGUGAACCCGAGCCAGGCGAGUGUGCUCAGCAAAAUGGACGCGAUUUAUGAUACUGUCGAAUACCUCAUCCUGGAGCAACAGAGCGUCACGAGCGGCCUUUUCCCGCGAUAUUCAAAAGACAAGGAUGUGGGCUACGUGAAGGACAGCAUCUACUGCGCGCUCGCCUGCUGGGCCAGCUCGAUCGCUUACAAGAGACUCGAUGACGAUCGUGGCCGCGAGACAGAGCUUCGGCAAACGGCCGUCAAGACGAUGCGCGGAAUCCUUUUCUCGUGGAUGCAACAGUCAGAAGCGCUCAACAAAUUCAAGUCGAACAACUCGCCCGAGCACGCGCUACACUCUCGUGUUGAUCUCCAGACCGGGAUGACGCUGGCGACGCCAAACGAAAAGAGCUAUGGCCACCUACAAAUGGACCUGGUGGCGCUGUGGCUGCUGGCUGUUGUACAGAUGAUCGUCGGCGGCGAAAAGGUCAUCUACACGCACCACGAGGUCCAGUUCGUGCAGAAUCUCGUCUUCUACAUCGAGCGCACCUACCGGACCCCGGAUUUCGGGAUGUGGGAACGCGGGACGAGAUAUAACAAGGGCGAUCCGGAGCUUCAUGCCAGCAGCGUGGGCAUGGUCAAAGCAGCCCUGGAAGCGGUGAACGGCUUCAACCUGUUCGGCUCAUACGGCACAUCCUCGUCGGUCAUCUACGUCGAUAUUGAUGGGCACAACCGAAAUAGGACGACAUUUGAGACGAUUUUGCCUAGGGAAUCGGCUUCUAAGACCACCGAUGCCUCGCUGGUGAUGACCAUCGGCUGGCCGGCGUUCGCCACCCACGACACUGCGCUUUUCUCGAAGUCGAUGGAGAAGAUCUACAAGCACUUGGAGGGCAGAUUUGGCGUCCGCAGGUUUUUGCGCGAUGGCUACCGCACUGAAAUCGAGGACGCGUCCCGGAAUCAUUACCACGACCACGAGACGUCCCGUUUUCACAACAUCGAGUCGCAAUUUCCGAUGUUCAUCUGCGUGAUGUAUAUUACAGCCAGCAUUCGCGGCGACACCGAGGUGGCCAACCGCUAUUGGGAAAAGCUGCAGGAGCUGCUCAUCGACGAUAUGGAUGUUCCCGGCGCCAAAAUCCUGCCCGAGUGUUACGUGGUCGACGAGCUGAACUACCAGCAGGAGCGCAGGCAGCCGAAUUCCACCGAUUUGUACCCGCAGAACCCGUCGGAAUUUGGGCAUCAUUUGUGGACGAACUCGCUGUACAUCAUAGCGCUGUUAUUACGCGAAGGCCUCGUCCACGCCGGCGAUAUUGACCCGAUGACACGCCAUCUACCGGCCAGCCAGCGCCCAAAGAUCUUCAUCAAGCACAGCGCUUUUCAGGUUGGU